CACAGUGAUGAAACCAGGCAACAUCGCGGAAAACUCGUGGAGGAAGCAGACCGUUUUUUUUGUUUUUAAAGUAUUGCCUUGUUAAUUUACUGUGUCUGGUGAAGUCGCCUUGCCCUUUGAUUCGGGGGUGGAUCACGUUCACCAGGAGGCCGUUCCUGAGCUCGCAUAGGCAAUUGGCUGCCCGUGCACCCUCUGACUCCGCAUAUCAUGCGGUCUGAUUAGAGAGGAGGAGAAUACGCACUCUCUCACUCACACAGACACACACACACACACACAAGCACACAACCUCCAGCCAACGAGAUGUCCCGUGUGCACCGGAACCAGAGGACCUUGCGUGGUGUCGCCAAUCAUCUCCACGGCUGAAGAUUAACGAGGUUAUCCUUUUAGCAGUGUACGACUCGUCCUUUGCAGUGAGACGCAGUGCUUCUGUCUCUCUGCGUGUAGCCUGUGUGUGUGUAUGAGAGAGAGAGAUCCUGUGUCUAACCGAGGCGGAGAGGAAGCGACUUACUGACUGCCGCGUUGGACCAGCGAAGCUUGAAUCAUGACGGAAAAACGGAUGUCUCGCUGGUAUUUCGGGGGUAUCGCCUCGUGCGGAGCUGCUUGCUGCACUCACCCGCUGGAUCUGGUGAAGGUGCACCUGCAGACACAGCAGGAGGUCAAGAUGAAGAUGGUCGGCAUGGCGAUGCAAGUGGUGAAGAACGACGGUGUCUUGGCCCUCUACAAUGGACUCAGUGCCUCCCUCUGCAGACAAAUGUCUUACUCCCUGACGCGGUUCGCCAUCUAUGAGACUGUGAGGGAUAUGCUGGGCAGCAGCUCCCAGGGGCCCAUGCCCUUCUACCAGAAAGUCAUGCUGGGGGCCUUUGGAGGCUUCACUGGAGGCUUCAUCGGGACUCCUGCUGAUAUGGUCAAUGUGAGAAUGCAGAACGAUGUGAAACUUCCCCCAGAGCUGAGGAGAAACUAUAAACAUGCUCUGGAUGGACUCUACAGAGUGUUCAGGGAAGAGGGGGUGAAGAGGCUGUUUUCGGGGGCCACCAUGGCCUCAAGCAGAGGAGCUCUGGUCACCGUAGGGCAGCUGGCCUGUUAUGACCAGGCAAAGCAGCUGGUCCUGGGCACUGGUCUCCUAGGAGACAACGUCCUCACCCACUUCCUGUCCAGCUUCAUUGCUGGAGGGUGUGCUACAGUCCUCUGUCAACCAUUGGACGUGAUGAAGACCAGGCUGAUGAACUCUAAAGGAGAAUACACGUCGGUGACUCACUGCUUGAAGGAGACGGCCAAAUUGGGACCACAAGGGUUUUAUAAGGGUCUGGUUCCGGCAGGGAUUCGGCUGAUCCCGCACACGGUGCUCACCUUCCUAUUCCUGGAGCAGCUCAAGAAUCGAUUCGGCAUCAUCGUGGUUAGCUGAGCCUGGGCGGCUCCGCUGUGAACUCUGAUUUACAAGGAACACAUAUGCAUAGACACACUACACAGGCAAUCACACACACACACACACACACACACUCACACACACACACAUUAGUACACACAUAGAAAGAUAUAUUUUUGGAAUUGGAAUAACUGGAAAUAAGGGGAAUGUACCACUCCUCUACCUCUUCAUAUUGACUCAUGUGCACACACAC